UCAUGACCACGGUCGCACGUCAAACCCAUCCCUCAUUCGCAAUGGCCCAACCCUCAAAGUACGCGUUGGAAUUCAUUCUCAAUGCACCCUCGCCCAACGAAAAAAUGUUGUUUUCCUUCCCCACAAAUUUACCCACGGCGGCGGCUCCGUCCAGGGGCUGUCGGAUGCCCGACUGCGAUCGCGUCGCCAUCAGCCGAGGCGUGUGCAUUCGUCAUGGGGGCGGUCCCCGGUGCUCCGUCGCUGGGUGUCGAAACGGUGCAAAGUCUCGACGGUUGUGCUGGAAGCACGGGGGUUCAACGAAAUGCACCAUCGCCAGCUGCAACAACCGGUCCAAAGCUCGGGGGUUGUGCUGGUCACACGGCGGAGGCAAGCCCUGUUCUCAGAAAAACUGUUCUCGGACGGCCUUGAGUCGUGGGUUAUGCUGGGCCCAUGGAGGAGGUAUUAGAUACAUACACAUCCUGUUUAGGAACUUCCAAUGGGCUCAGCAGAUGUGUUGAUAUGUUGCAGGCAAGCGAUGCGAGGUGGACGGGUGCAAGCGUCCUGCGUACGAGCGAAAUGGAAAUCGUUGUGAAGUUCACCAACCAUGACCGUGUGUAUCAACUCAACCGCGGGCUGUCGCUGUGAAUGCCAGAUCGCUUUAAUUUAAUCAAUGCCAUGUAAUUACUACGCACUACA